UAGUCGGGUUCACUUUAAUUUAGUAUUUAUAGAUCAUAACAAAUUAAAAUUUGGCAGUAUGGCUAAACUUCCUUCGCCUAUUCUAAUGGACAAAACAUACUACUAACAUAUAUGACAAUUGACAUUGACAACUAAUGUCACGUAAACAAAUUUGAAUGGGAUUUCGAUUUGUUGAUCAUUGAGUAUUGAUUCAAUUUUAUAGCCACAGUCUUCAGCCUAUAGCCUAUAUUAUUUAUUAUCUUAGAAGGCUAAAAAUGUUUUCUGCUCUGAAAAAACUAACUAGAAGUGGAGAUGAUCGCUGUGCCGCUCCAGUACCCAUGUCCUCAUCGCUCCAAAAGAAAUUCUCCAAAGGAGUUCACUUCAACAUGAAGAUUUUGAUAAAAGGCGACAGAAAUGUUGGAAAGUCAUGUCUUCUUCAACGUCUACAAGGUGGGGCAUUCAUAGAAGAAUAUGCUCCCACAGAUCAAAUACAAGUGGCUGCUAUUAAUUGGACUUAUAAGAAUACAGAUUAUAUUGUUAAGGUAGAGGUUUGGGAGGUUGUAGAUAAAGGUCGUACAAAAAAGAAACGACCUCUUGGAUUAAAACUAGAGAAUCAGACUGCCCCAGCCACAGAAGAAGGAUAUGAAACCCCUGUACUGGAUGCUACUUUCCUAGAUGUUUAUAAGAAUGCAAGUGGUGUAAUUUUAAUGCUGGACAUAACAAAACCUUGGACUUUUGAGUAUGUGGUAAAGGAGCUAACACAGGUGCCAGCAGACUUGCCUGUAGUUGUGUUGGGUAACCACUGUGAUAUGCAACACCAUCGUCAGGUCCACAUGCACCAUAUUGAUCAAGCUCUCCAUCAUGCCAAAAUGACCAGAACAGCACCAGUGCGAUAUGCAGAAUCAUCAAUGAGAAAUGGUUUUGGACUACGCUUGUUGCAUAAAUUUCUCAGUGUGCCAUUUCUAAGGCUUCAGAGGACAAGUUUACUAGAACAGUUGCAGAGAAAUCAGAAGGACAUGGAAGAGAUAGAAAUAGAAUUAGAUGAUUUUCAAAAUUCCGAAGAGGCCCACUACAAUACAUUCGUAGAUCGGUUGGCGAGUAAAAGACGACAGUCUGCGGGUGGGACAGAAGCACGGGUCGGCUCGGACCGAUCCCCUAGCAUCGUGUUAGGGGCUGGCAAACCCAUCAUUCCACCUAGCGUCAAUCCACUAUUAGCGCAGUCACUGAACCCACCGAAAAAGUUAGACGUUCCAGAAACUCAAGUACAGACACAUUUCGUGAGUCCCGAAUUAAUGAAAGCCAAGCAUACGGUCAGUGUUGAACUGACUCCGACUCGAGUACAACACGAUAGUAAUGCAAAUACGCCUUCGUGUGUUAACUCCCCAGCCGCCUCGGGCGGUUUGGAUGAAUUCUAUGCCGGUACUUUGGACAGUAGUUUCCUAGAAGACUUGGCGCCUAUGCCGAAUGUAAGCCAAGAGUACGCUUAUGAAACAGACAGUGAUGAAGAUACCACCAACCCAAAAGUCAACGUGUAUUUAGAUGAUUUGGACAUUAACGGUACUCCGCCAUCAGAUAAUGUCUCAAAUCUAAGGACAACAUUCGAUGAUCUAAACACAACGAAAACAAAUGCUGAUAGUGAAGAGGACGAUUUAAACAAGUUAAUUAGACGUUCAAGUAUCAAAGACAAUAUUACCACACACGUUACUCAUGAAGAGACAGACAGUUGUAUUACCAUGUUGGACAGCAAUCAUAAUUUAGAUAUAUCACUUGAUAACGACUUUCCUCUAUGGGCGGGUGAUUCGAGUGCGCGAAGGUCUCCUGAAGGCGGCGAAGAUCCGGAUGUCGCUAAAGAAGCUGAUGAAAAGAUAGAGAAAAAACACAAAAAGAAAAAAUCUAAAGACAAAGAUAAGGGUGAUUACAGCGACAAGUCCGAAAGUAAGAAAGAGAAGAAACACAAACACAGGAAGUCAAAGAGUGAUAAGAAAUCUUCCAACGCUCAACAAGACCUCUUAGCUCCUAUGCCAUCCGCAGAAUUCAAUUAUGUGGAAUAUGAUAGCAUUUAACUAAGGUUGUAUAUAAUUUAUAUUCAUAAGUUAUCCUUGAAAUUAUACGUCAUUAUUUUUGAACAACAAUAAUUGCUUUAUGGCCAG